GGCUCUAUCCGGGGCCUUGGCGCUUCUCUUUCCUUUCGCGCCGGUUGCCGCUGCGGAGCGCGGCGGGUCCAUGUGCGCAGCGAGCGGCGCUACUCGUGGCCCAGCACGACCCCGAGCGCUCCCCUUGCCCCCGGCUCGCCGGCCAUGGAUCCCAACACUAUCAUCGAGGCCCUGCGGGGCACCAUGGACCCAGCCCUGCGGGAGGCCGCCGAGCGCCAGCUCAAUGAGGCCCACAAGUCUGUGAACUUUGUUUCAACUCUGCUUCAAAUCACCAUGUCGGAGCAGCUGGAUUUACCAGUGAGACAGGCAGGCGUUAUCUAUUUGAAAAAUAUGAUAACUCAGUAUUGGCCUGAUAGGGACACCACACCAGGGGAGUUACCUCCAUAUACAAUUCCAGAGGAAGAUCGACAUUGUAUCCGUGAAAACAUUGUAGAAGCCAUUAUUCACUCCCCUGAACUUAUCAGGGUACAGCUUACUACGUGUAUUCAUCACAUAAUCAAACAUGAUUACCCGAGCCGUUGGACUGCAGUUGUGGACAAGAUUGGUUUUUAUCUCCAGUCUGAUAACAGUGCUUGCUGGCUCGGAAUCCUUCUUUGCUUAUAUCAGCUGGUGAAAAACUAUGAGUACAAGAAGCCAGAAGAACGGAGUCCAUUGGUAGCAGCAAUGCAGCACUUCCUACCAGUUUUGAAGGAUCGUUUUAUUCAGCUUCUUCCUGAUCAAUCUGAUCAAUCAGUCCUCAUUCAGAAACAAAUAUUCAAGAUCUUCUAUGCCCUUGUUCAGUAUACUCUUCCACUGGAGCUGAUAAAUCAAGCGAAUUUGACAGAGUGGAUAGAAAUUCUAAAGACAGUUGUAAACAGGGACGUGCCUCCUGAAACCCUUCAAGUUGAAGAGGAUGAUCGGCCAGAAUUACCAUGGUGGAAAUGCAAGAAGUGGGCUUUACAUAUCUUGGCAAGGCUUUUUGAAAGGUAUGGGAGCCCUGGCAAUGUUUCCAAGGAGUAUAAUGAAUUUGCUGAAGUCUUCCUAAAAGCAUUUGCAGUUGGUGUCCAGCAGGUAUUGCUAAAGGUGCUGUAUCAGUACAAAGAAAAACAAUAUAUGGCUCCUCGAGUUCUACAGCAGACACUGAACUACAUCAAUCAAGGAGUGUCACACGCCGUCACAUGGAAGAACUUGAAACCUCAUAUACAAGGCAUUAUCCAAGAUGUUAUUUUUCCGUUGAUGUGCUAUACAGAUGCUGAUGAAGAGCUCUGGCAAGAAGAUCCUUAUGAAUAUAUACGCAUGAAGUUUGAUGUGUUUGAAGACUUCAUUUCCCCCACUACUGCUGCCCAAACACUCUUAUUUACAGCUUGUAGUAAGAGAAAAGAGGUUUUGCAGAAAACAAUGGGAUUUUGCUAUCAGAUUCUUACAGAGCCAAAUGCUGAUCCUCGGAAAAAAGAUGGUGCUCUGCAUAUGAUUGGUUCUUUGGCUGAAAUCCUGCUAAAGAAAAAGAUCUACAAAGAUCAAAUGGAGUACAUGUUGCAAAAUCAUGUGUUCCCUCUCUUCAGCAGCGAACUAGGCUACAUGAGAGCAAGGGCUUGCUGGGUGCUUCAUUAUUUCUGUGAAGUGAAGUUCAAGAGUGACCAGAACCUGCAGACGGCCUUGGAACUGACAAGACGAUGUCUGAUUGAUGACAGGGAGAUGCCUGUGAAAGUAGAAGCUGCUAUUGCCCUUCAAGUUCUGAUUAGCAAUCAGGAAAAAGCUAAAGAAUAUAUCACACCAUUCAUUAGGCCUGUAAUGCAGGCUCUUCUUCAUAUCAUAAGAGAAACAGAAAAUGAUGAUCUCACCAAUGUGAUUCAGAAAAUGAUUUGUGAAUACAGUGAAGAGGUUACUCCCAUUGCUGUUGAAAUGACACAGCACUUGGCCAUGACAUUUAACCAGGUAAUCCAGACUGGGCCAGACGAAGAAGGAAGUGAUGAUAAAGCAGUAACAGCUAUGGGAAUCUUAAACACAAUAGAUACCCUUCUUAGUGUGGUGGAAGAUCAUAAAGAGAUAACACAGCAGCUAGAGGGCAUCUGUUUGCAAGUCAUUGGUACAGUUUUACAACAGCAUGUUUUAGAGUUCUAUGAGGAAAUCUUUUCCUUAGCUCAUAGUUUGACCUGUCAGCAAGUCUCUCCACAGAUGUGGCAGCUUUUGCCUCUUGUAUUUGAAGUCUUUCAGCAGGAUGGAUUUGAUUAUUUUACAGAUAUGAUGCCUCUUCUCCAUAAUUAUGUAACUGUGGACACAGAUACUCUUUUGUCGGAUACCAAGUAUCUUGAAAUGAUAUACAGCAUGUGCAAAAAGGUCUUGACAGGAGUAGCAGGAGAAGAUGCAGAAUGUCAUGCUGCCAAGUUAUUGGAAGUGAUCAUUCUACAGUGUAAAGGACGUGGCAUUGAUCAGUGUAUUCCUUUGUUUGUGGAAGCUGCAUUGGAGAGACUGACCAGAGAAGUCAAGACGAGUGAACUCCGAACAAUGUGUCUUCAGGUUGCCAUUGCAGCUCUCUAUUACAACCCUCAUCUGCUCCUCAACACCUUAGAAAAUCUUCGGUUUCCCAACAAUGUUGAGCCUGUCACAAAUCACUUCAUCACACAGUGGCUUAAUGAUGUUGAUUGUUUCUUGGGGCUUCAUGAUCGAAAGAUGUGUGUUCUUGGCUUGUGUGCUCUUAUUGACUUGGAACAAAUACCACAAGUUUUAAAUCAGGUUUCGGGACAAAUUCUUCCAGCUUUUAUCCUUUUAUUUAAUGGGUUAAAAAGAGCAUAUGCUUGUCAUGCAGAGCAUGAAAAUGAUAGUGAUGAAGAUGAUGAAGCCGAUGAUGAUGAAGAAACAGAAGAGCUUGGAAGUGAUGAAGAUGAUAUUGAUGAAGACGGGCAAGAAUAUUUAGAGAUUCUGGCUAAGCAGGCAGGAGAAGAUGGAGAUGAUGAAGAAUGGGAAGAAGAUGACGCAGAAGAAACUGCCCUGGAAGGCUAUUCCACAAUAAUUGAUGAUGAAGAGAACCCUGUUGAUGAGUAUCAGAUAUUUAAAGCUAUAUUUCAGACUAUUCAGAAUCGUAAUCCUGUGUGGUACCAAGCUCUGACUCACGGUCUUAAUGAAGAACAAAGAAAACAGUUACAAGACAUAGCAACUCUGGCAGACCAGAGACGAGCAGCCCACGAAUCCAAAAUGAUUGAAAAACAUGGAGGAUACAAAUUCAACGCUCCAGUUGUGCCAAGUUCAUUCAAUUUUGGAGGUCCAGCCCCUGGGAUGAAUUGAAUUAUCCCUUUCUUUCCUGCUACCGUGUGAUUGUAGUAAAGAGCUUGUGUUCCUCCCAGUAGUGGUUCCAGAACUGGUUUGUGUUCUCUACAGCUCACUCUAAACUAAUUGAUCAAUAGAUUGGACAGAAAACCCAGGAAGUGUGGGACCUGAUCAUUCAACCUGGCACUGGAAAGUAAACCGGAGGGGUAUUCGUUGGGGUAGGGGGAGGGGUGGGUAGUUUUUGUUUUGUUUGGGGGUGGGAGGGUUGUUUUCAUUUUUUUUUUUUGGAAGAAAAGAAGAACCUGACUUUGGAGCUUCAAAUGACACACUGUGGAGAUCUGCAAACAAAUGAGGGGAUGUCAUAAAGGCAGCUUUUCUUUUUCUGAGGAAAAAAAUAGGCAUGGGCUGCAGGACUAUUUAAAAUGUCUCAUUUACAGUACAAGCUCAAAGGUAGAUGUAAUUUUUACACUUAUGAAUAUUUUGCCCAGUUUCCUUCCCUUCCCCAUCCCCCUCCCCAUCGGGUCUUUAUUCUUUUGAUGUAAAUAAGGUAAUCUGGAUAGCCUUACCUAAUCUUCAUCAUUUCCAUUUAUCAAAGAUUGUUCCUAUAUAGAUUAUUGGACACUUAUUGUAGCACUACAUAACUGAUACAAAUCUGUAAAUGAAUUAGCACUUUCAUAUUGAAACAAGCCUGCUAGCCUAUGUAUAAAAUAGCAAAAUGUUUGCUGUUUAUAAAAAGAAGGGAUGUGAUAGGGAGGGGGGCUGGGGUAAUUUCAAGUUAUUAAUUUAAAAAUGAACUAGCAGUUUUGUACCUGGUGACUGUGGUGCACUCACCUCUGACAGUGACUUGAAUUCGGUAUGUAAAAAGGGGUUAGUGAUACUUCAUUGCUGCUAAAAAAUGGCAACACCCUCUGUGUCUUUUGUUUUUUCUUAAGGCUCUCAAUGUACAAGUGGAAAUCUGGAUAUAAGACCUUAAUGUAAAAAUGAGAAAGGUUAUCUUCUCUGAAGCAUGUAAAUUGGACCUAAGUUCUGCUCUUAAAGAGUUGAUUGAAGUGUGUGGAUGAACAUCUAUAUAUGCAAUCUAUUAAAAGAACUUAAUUCGGCUGA